UACCUUUAUGUAAUGGUCGAGCAGCCAUGAGGAGAAGCAAGCAGUGGGAUGUCAGAGGAGCUGUGGGCCUUUCAGGCUUCUUUCACUUCCUGCAUUGUUGGGCUUUAGGAUGCCUUCUGCCCUUCCUUACUCUCUACCUCCGGCACCUUGGCCUCACCGCUUCCAUGACAGGCAUCAUCAUGGCCGCCAAGCACCUGGUGGCUCUGGUUUGGAGGCCUGUCUCCAGUGCCCUGGCCAGACGCUAUAACAAAAGACGCAUGGUCAUAAUAGGGUCCGUCAUCUCUUCAGCAACAGCUGCUAUGAUACUUCUGCUCUUCCCGCCCACAGGAGUGAGCACGGAGAGUGGAAGCUGUAAUGUAAGUCAGCUGAAUGCUAACCAUACAGUAUAUGAGUUUGACUCCACCACUCAUGAACCCCGGACAACUCCACAAACACACUCCACGCAUGUUGCAUAUUCAGCAGAACCUAAGAUGAAGUUUACAGAAGGACAUAGUGCAAUGGCAGACAACAUCAGUGCAAAUUCAAUCACCAAAAGUGCCUCUGAAACUCAGACAUUUGAAGCAGGUUCAGAUGAAAUUAGCAGCAAAGAAGCUCUGGAAACAAAAACUACUCGGGGCAACCCAGAAAAGAAGAGUAGGUCUUUAAGAAGGCGUGAAGAAAAGCAGGAGGAGACAGAUAUGGAAAUGGCCAGAUCUGAGUUCCUUGGAAGCUUGAAAGUCAUGGAUGCUCAACAUCAGAUGUUUUUCUUGGUAAUGAUUGUAGUAGGGAUAUGGGAGGUCAUGGCUGCCCCACUAGAGUGGACAGCUGAUGAUGGACUGCAUGAGUACCUUGAUUUUGUGGAUGCUUCAGAUCGCCAUAGUACUGUUAAACCUUGGAGACAUCUAGGGACUGCUGGUGGUGUGGGAAUCACUGGCAUUCUAGUAAGCAUCCUAUCCUGUCUCAUUGGAACUGUGCUGCACUUUUAUGCCUACGCUUUAUUCAUGGUCAUAAUGGUACCUGUUGUUGCUUUGUUACCACUUUACCGCCACAAACGUGAAUGUCUGCCUGGUGGUGGCUUGAAGGCCCUGUUGCUGGUGCAAGGUGAUCAACGGGCCAUGCUCUGUGCCAUCACUGCCCUCUUUACUGGCAUGGCAGGCUCAGCUAUAUCUGACUUUUUCUUAUGGCUGAUGCAGGACCACAGUGCGUCAGAGCUUCAGAUGGGCAUUACUUUGGGUCUGGCACCUCUAUGCCAGGCUGCUUUUGCCCCUUUGAAUGGAAGUGUGGCCAGUUUCCUGAAAUCCCAUGGGCGGCUACAGCUUCUUGGCAUUUUGGGUCUGUCUCUACAGUGCCUUUACUACUCUUUCUUAUGGGUACCCUGGGCUGCACUUCCUGCUCAACUGCUGGCUGGACUUAGCACCGGGACCCUCUGGUGGUCGAUAGAGGCUCAGUGUGCAGAUACUGCCUCACCGGGGACAGAGAGGCAAGUUUUCCGAGUCUUUGAGGUCCUGUCUCUGGAUCUUGGGGCUGGGCUUGGCAGCCUGUUGGGGGGGUUGGUGGUGCAGAAGUUUGGAUUAGGGGUACUCUUCCAGGGUACAGCGGUUAUGCUUGCAUUGUGGAGCGUUACUUUAGCUGUGUUGCAGUGGAGGAUCCCUCGUCAGCGCAGGAUAAACUACUCCCGUCUGCUGGCAGCUGAUGCCAGUGAGGUAAGCGAGUCAGAAUCUGACCAGGACCAUGACUGGCUGGAGAAAGCCAUGGAGGAAGAUAAGGGGAACAACAACUGGAGGAGUUCUGAGAAAUAAGGAUUACAGCUGAUAAACAUUUUUCCACAAAGAAAUUUAUGCUAGUCACCAAUGGCCACCUACGUCUAAGCCUAUGUAAUGUGAAGGACUCCAUGUGAAGGACUCAAGUGUUCCAAAUGACUCUUCGUGGCUUCAAGAACGUUACAGAAGAAAGUUGCUGCAGCUGCAGUUUUGCUCAGCUGCCAGAAUGCCAAUGUAUCUGUCUUUGACUACGUGUUAUUGGAGAAUAUGUUUUGCCAUUAUCUUAAAAGUAAAUGCUCAUCAUAAUCUCA